UUUUUGAUAAUUGAGUUUGUAAUUAGUUUUACAAUUUUAGGUACUUUAUUAAUAUCCCACCCAACAUACCUCUAUUUAAGUCUCACAAUCGGUUUAAUUUUUUUACUAUUCAUUAUUCUCCCCCCCCCCCCCCCCCCAUUUUAAGUUUAGAAGGCCUCCUUUCUAAUUUUUCUCAAAUAGGGAUGGGGGUGUUAGAGAACCCAAUUUUAAUAUUUUGAGCUAAAUAAAUUAAUGUAAGCUAGAAAUAGGGUAAUUCUGCUCGGAAUUUAAUUUUAAAUUUCUCCUUCAAAUGUCUCAAUCUUUAAAUAAAUUAAUUUUUCCUUUUUUAGAUUUGACUAAUUUUUGGUGUUUGGUUUAUUAUUAUGAAAUGAAUGAACGUGUUGGGGAAGUUUUCAAGUCUGAAUGGAAACAGGAACUGAAUGAAUAUCCACAGCUUAUAAUUGACGGAGGUGUUUGUGCUUCAGCAGAAAAUACUCGUUUUUGUUUGGGUGUUAUUGGGAAUAUAAACAGAAAUCCAUUUGUUACAAAAGUUGGCCGUUCAAUAGGAAAAGGGAUUCGAUUAAAUCAAAAAGAUGAAAAUAUUUAUUUGGAGUCCCUUAGCGAUUCUGCUGUUUUUGUUCAAUGCCCUCUUUUUGCACGUAAAAAUGGUGAUGAAUUAGCUACUGUUUACAGACUCAAAGCAAGUGAUGCUUCUACCUCUUCCUCUAAUGGAUCGAAACCAUUUUGCCUUUUUGACAUGAAAAUGUUUGACACUUUAUUAACUGAGGCUCGUUUACUUGGUUAUAAUGCUUUGUAUAUGUUACAGAUUUAUUGCCUUUGUAGAAUUAGUUUUGUUAAAGGUUGGGGCCAGGAAUAUAGACGACAAACAAUUAGUUUGUUUUUUUAAUUUUUUAUGAUAGAAUUAUUUUUGAUUGGAGUAUAAAUAAAGACUGGGCUUGAGAUUCGGUCGGAUUCUAGAAUUUUUAUUUCGAUUUUUAAAAGGAAUCUCAUAUUGGUUCUUCGGAUUUUUUCG